AUGGGUCACCGCCGGAGAAUGGAGUUCCUCCCCUUCGUCCUCCUCGCCUCCUUCUUCCUGGCCACCGGCGACGGCGCCGCCGCCGCCGCUCCCUUCGUCCCCGCAGACAACUUCCUCCUGGACUGCGGCGCCACCACGUCGGGACCCAUGCCGGAUGGCAGGGCCUUCCUCACGGACGCCCAGUCCGCCGCCUUCCUCUCCGGCGCCAGCACCGGUGACGACCACAGCGCCUCCGUCUCGGCGGCGGCGCCGCCGCCGCCGCCAGUGGGGGUUCCCUCGCCGAUCUAUCUCUCCGCGAGGAUCUUCACCGGCGACGCCUCCUACGUCUUCAAGCUCACCCGCCCCGGCUGGCACUGGAUCCGCCUCCACUUCUUCCCGGUAAAAGCCACCGGGUUCGAGCUGACCCGCGCCGUCUUCUCCGUCAUCACCGACGACCACGUCCUCCUCCACAGCUUCAACGCCGGCGACCCCACCGCCUGGACCUUCAAGGAGUACCUGGUCAACGCCACCUCCCCGCGCCUGUCCCUCCGCUUCUCCCCGCAACGCAACUCCGUCGCCUUCGUCAACGCCAUUGAGAUUGUCUCCGCCCCCGACGACCUCAUCCCCGACUCCGCCGCCUCCCUCUUCCCGGUGGGCUCUGCCGCCGCCGUCGGCGGCGGCACCGCCUUCCAGACGGCCUACCGGAUCAACAUCGGCGGUCCCACCAUCACCCCGGCGAACGACACCCUCUUCCGGAGCUGGGAACAGGACGCGCGCUUCCUCCAGUCCAGGUCCACCGCCGAGAGGGUCAACGUCUCGCCGGCGAUUGUCGCCUUCCCCAGCGGUGCCGCCACCGACCUGGCGGCGCCCAACUGGGUCUACGCCUCGGGGGUGAAGAUGGCCGACACCAGGGUCGGCCGCCGCAACUUCAACAUCAGCUGGCAGCUGGACGUUGACCCCUCCUUCGCCUACCUGAUUCGCCUACACUUCUGUGACAUCAUCAGCAAGUCCCUCAACGACCUCUACUUCAACGUCUACGUGAACCAGAGGAUGGCCGUCUCGGGGCUGGACCUCUCGACCCUCACCGGCGCCCUCGCCACCGCCUACUAUCGUGACUUCCUGGUCAACGCCUCCCUCGCCGGGGACAGGAUCACCGUCCAGGUCGGCCCCAUGGCGGAGGACGCCGGCAAGGUCGAUGCCCUCCUCAACGGCCUCGAAAUACUCAAGAUGAGCAACUCCGUCGGCAGCCUCGACGGCGAGUUCGGCGUCUCCGGCGACUCCGCCGCCGACGCCGGCAAUGGCGACUCGGGGCGGCAUGCGGCGGCGGCGGUGGGGUUGACGCUGAUGUUCGGGGCCUUCGCCGGACUGGGGGUCAUGGUGGUGAAGUGGUACGGGCGGCCGCAGGACUGGGAGAAGAGGAACAGCUUCUCUUCAUGGCUGCUGCCGCUGCACGGCGGCGGGCACUCCAGCUUCAUGACCAGCAAGGGCUCCUCCGCCUCCUUCUUCGGCUCCCACCGGAGCGGCGGCGGCGUCGGGUUCUCCUCCACGAUGGGGCUCGGCCGCUACUUCUCCUUCCAGGAGUUGCAGGAGGCGACGGGGGAGUUUGACCGGGCGGCGGUCAUCGGAGUCGGCGGCUUCGGGGAGGUCUUCCUGGGCCAGAUCGACGACGGCACCAAAGUCGCCGUGAAGAGGGGGAACCCGCAGUCGGAGCAGGGGAUUGCAGAGUUUCAGACGGAGAUCCAGAUGCUCUCCAAGCUCCGCCACCGCCACUUGGUCUCCCUCAUCGGGUACUGCGACGAGAACUCGGAGAUGAUUCUGGUGUACGAGUACAUGGCCAAUGGGCCGUUCAGGGAUCACCUGUACGGGAAGGAGUUGCCGUCGUUGACCUGGCGGCAGCGGCUGGAGAUCUGCAUCGGCGCCGCCAGGGGGCUGCACUACCUCCACACCGGCGCCGCCCAGGGGAUCAUCCACAGGGACGUGAAGACGACGAAUAUACUGCUUGAUGAGGGGCUGGUGGCGAAGGUCUCUGACUUUGGGCUGUCCAAGGAGGGGCCGGCGAUGGGCGCCGCCGCCGUGAGCACCGCCGUGAAGGGGAGCUUCGGGUACCUGGACCCCGAGUACUUCCGGCGGCAGCAGUUGACCGACACGUCCGACGUGUACUCCUUUGGGGUCGUGCUGCUGGAGGCGCUCUGCGCGAGGCCGGCGCUGAGUCCGGCGCUGCCCAGGGAGCAGGUCAACCUGGCGGAGUGGGCGAUGCAGUGGAAGAAGAAGGGCCGGCUGGAGGAAAUCGUUGACCCGGUUCUCGCCGGCGCCAUCAACCUCGAAUCCAUGAACAAGUUCGCGGAGGCGGCGGAGAAGUGCCUGGCGGAGCACGGCGUUGACCGCCCCUCAAUGGGGGACGUCCUAUGGAACCUCGAGUACGCCCUGCAACUCCACGACGCCUCCCCACCGGAGGUUCCCCUCGCCCCCGCCGCCGCUUCGCCGUCUCCGGAGAGGACGACCGCCGCCGCCGCGGGCCAUCCCGAAGACAACUCCGCCAAUCCCGCCGUGGAUGAGCUCCUCGCCCAGAUCGCCGGAAUGAAGGGACGGUGA